GUCCGAGAACAAUUUUUCCUUCGGCCGGCACCAUGGCGAGUCGAGGAGGCGAAUUUUUAUCCCCUCUUGCGAUUAGCUUCGACGGCGAAGAAGAGAGAGAGCCGGAGAGGCUGCCCGUUGGCUUCAAGUUUCGCCCUACCGACGAAGAGCUCAUACUGCGUUAUCUCAGGCCUAAGGUUCUCGGCGGUGAACUCCCCUGCGAAGCCGUCAUCGUGGAUGUCAACGUGUAUAAUUAUAACCCAACACGGCUUACAGAGAUAUAUGCAGAUAAAGAGCAGGAGAAGAGUUGGUAUUUUUUUACGUCGAGGAAUAGGAAGUAUGAGAAAGGGAGUAGGCCAGACCGAGCAGCGUCUGGAGGGUAUUGGAAGGCCACUGCAGCAGAUACAGAUAUCCAGGAAAUGGAAGGCGGCCGGAGGAUGAAAAUUGGGGGAAAGAAACCCCUGGUGUUUAUGGAGAUUGAGAACUGCAGAACGAGGAAGGGCGAUCAAGGGACGCCGACGGAGUGGAUGAUGCAUGAGUUUAAGAUUGAGGAGUCGAAACAGCCGAUCAAGAACGGCCGCAUGCUGUUGGAUGACUAUGUCCUGAGCAAGAUAUAUCGAAGUCGCGGCAAAGGCAAGAGCAAGAAACCUGCACCUGCAGCAAACCCAAAUAACCUGCAGCAGCAACAAAUCCAACCAUCAGACAAAAGAGCCCGCCGUGAACCCGAACCCGAACCCAAAGCCAGUUCUGAACCAACCGAAAUCCAACCCGAACAAAUAAACCCGAACCCGCAAACACUACAAAACCAGCUGAUUCCCUGCAUGCUUCAAGACCUACCGUCUGGACCUGGACUUUUGAACCCGAACCAAAACCAAAUCUAUGAUCAGUUCGGUCAUCCAUUUCCUUCUGCAGAUGAAGAUUUCUUGCCUACGCUCCCCAGCAUUCCCGAAUUUUUCGAUCAAUUCGAACCGACCAAUCAUGCACCAAACUUUGCAUUACCUCAGCAAUGCUAUGAAAUAGGCAACUUCAGCAUCAACAUUGGUGGCUGCAAUCAGAACUUUCAGCAGCAGCAGCAGCAGCGGAUUAAUUAUGGCGAAAUGCCUGCUCAUAACUCUGCAAUUACAAGUAUACAUCCUGCAGGCUUAUCGGGCAAUCAUAAUUUUAAUGCAGGCAACUUUGCUCACUCGCAACAGUACUUCAACACCCUGCAGUUUGCUAAUGCGCGCCAUUCCAGUUGGAUUAGGACGGGGAGGGGCAGGAUGGGAAACUCUCAAGGCAAUUUGGACCAGAACAAGUUUUAGGGGUAUUUGCUUUGAAGGAGAUGGGCUGCCCAUGAUUUGUUAGUGUUUAUCGUACUAUAUUUAUUUAUAGAAAAUAGGGAAAAAGAACAGGUGGGUUUUUUUAUUUUAUUUAGGAGAGUAUGU